UGCGGGUCGGAGGAGGAGAAGCAAGUUCUGGUGCGGGCGGGGACGACUAGCGUUUAUCACUUCCAGCAAGUGCAGGAGCUCGGGCCCCCGCAGCGCAGAGGCUGCGGCGCGGGUGGUCGCGGGAGCUGGCCCUGUGGGGACCCCGGGGGGGAGGGGGAGCCGGAAAGCCCCCGCCGAGGCCGUCGCUGCGGGGCCUCCCCUCCCCCCCGGGCGUGCGCCAUGCGAGGGGUCUCCGGCGACGCGGAGCGGCGGCAACGCUGGGGUCGCCUGUUCGAGGAGCUGGACAGCAACAAGGACGGCCGCGUGGACGUGCAGGAGUUGCGCCAGGGUCUGGCCAGGCUGGGAGGGGGCGAUCCCGACCUUGCACAUCAGGGCAUCUCCUCCGAGGGGGACGUUGAUCCAGAUGGUGGCCUCAGCCUGGAGGAAUUCUCUCACUACCUGCAGGAGCGGGAGCAGCGCCUUCUGCUCAUGUUUCACAGCCUUGACCGGAACCAGGAUGGUCACAUCGAUGUGUCUGAGAUUCAACAGAGCUUCCGAGCACUGGGGAUCUCCAUCUCGCUGGAGCAGGCAGAGAAAAUUCUACACAGCAUGGACCGAGACGGCACCAUGACCAUUGACUGGCAGGAAUGGCGAGACCACUUUCUGCUGCACUCUCUGGAGAAUGUGGAGGACAUCCUGUAUUUCUGGAAGCAUUCCACAGUCCUGGACAUCGGUGAGUGCCUGACGGUGCCCGACGAGUUCUCCAAGCAAGAGAAACUUACAGGCACGUGGUGGAAGCAGCUGGUGGCGGGCGCAGUGGCAGGCGCCGUGUCCCGGACCGGCACAGCCCCUCUGGACCGUCUCAAGGUCUUCAUGCAGGUCCACGCCUCAAAGUCCAACCGGCUCAACAUCCUCGGGGGCCUGCGGAACAUGGUUCAGGAAGGGGGCAUCCUAUCCCUCUGGCGAGGCAACGGCAUCAACGUGCUCAAGAUCGCCCCUGAGUCGGCCAUCAAGUUCAUGGCUUACGAACAGAUCAAGCGGGCCAUCCGGGGUCAGCAAGAGACGCUGCACGUCCAGGAGCGCUUCGUGGCUGGCUCCCUGGCCGGGGCCACAGCUCAGACCAUCAUCUACCCCAUGGAGGUACUGAAGACUCGGCUGACUCUACGCAGAACGGGCCAGUACAAGGGGCUCCUGGACUGCGCGAGACGGAUCCUGGAGAGGGAAGGGCCCCGCGCCUUCUACCGCGGCUACCUGCCUAACGUGCUGGGCAUUAUCCCCUACGCAGGAAUCGACCUGGCCGUCUACGAGACCCUGAAGAAUCACUGGCUUCAUCAGUACAGCCACGAAUCGGCAAACCCAGGCAUCCUCGUGCUCCUGGCCUGUGGCACCAUCUCCAGCACCUGCGGCCAGAUUGCCAGCUACCCCCUGGCACUGGUCCGGACCCGAAUGCAGGCGCAAGCCUCCAUUGAGGGUGGCCCCCAAGUCUCCAUGGUGAGUCUGCUGCGGCACAUCCUAUCCCAGGAGGGUGUCUGGGGCCUCUACCGGGGCAUUGCCCCCAACUUCAUGAAGGUCAUUCCAGCCGUGAGCAUCUCCUACGUGGUCUACGAGAACAUGAAGCAGGCUCUUGGGGUCACAUCCAGGCUAGAGGCUCCCGGGGCCCAGGACCUCUGGGAGGGUCCGGGCCGCUUGUCCAUGGGCUGGAGCUACCCGGUGAAGCUAGGACAACCAAGGGAGCCUUCUGCAUCCCAGCACUGCCAGCCCCAUCGGGCCUCAUCAAGCCACAAUCGAGGACCAAUACGCACAUCCUUCUGAAACCCAGCAUCCAAUAUGCAAAAUUACACGACCCCGAGCUGACUCGGGGGUCUAUUUUUCUACGAGGCAGAGAACAAAGUCGUCAGGCUCCUACCACAUUCCCACACCUCCCAUACUUCAGCGUUGGGUUCUCAGCUAAGGAGAACCGGGGGUGCCCUGUUUGACUCCCCAGUCUUUGGGUGACAUCAAAGGUCUGUGAAGGGAGACUGGGAUGUUGGGGGACAGGAGGACCCCACCAUGGCUUCCACCUCUCCCUCCAACCUACACCAAGUCCCUCCUCCCUGCCCAUGUGUGUCAUUUCAAGGAAAAGGAAUAAAUUUUCUAAGCUCUUUCA